UUGAAAUUGUUGAUUUAUGGCGGAUUGUGUUAUAAUUUAAAUUUCGAUCUAAUAUUAUCUUAGAAACCAUAAUGAUUGCUCAUUAAGGUUUAGUUUUAUUAUUUUCCUCGCGUUUUAUUGCUGGAUAUAUAAAUAUUAGUUUUAAAAUGAGUGGACAAAGUGCUAUGGUGCCAAGAUAUAUGGCACAACUUUUACAAGAACUAGGAUGGAAUCUGGGUACUAGAAUUCCCUUGGCUAAUCCUCAUAAUCAGACCUUGGAAAAUCUUUUGAUUGACAGGCAGAAUGAGGUACAGCGCCUAAAGGAAGCAUUGAUUUUGCAAAAUCAAAAACGAGAUGAUCUCAACAAGUACAAAAACCAUGUCCAAACUGAAUAUCAAGAAAAUACUCGUUUACUCUUUGCUCAUAAGCAGCAAAUGGAGCAAGAGGUGAAGCUUCGACAGUUGUCUCUCAAUGAAGCUAAUAGACUAGACCGAGACGUGGUGGACUGUUGCAAACAAAACAAUGUAACUGUCUCACGGAUUGAUAAUCUUCAAAAUAACAUUGCUCGUCUAUUAAAAAAGGCUGACACGUUGAAGAGUGAGGUGUGUGGGGAGCGUGGAGCCCUGCAAGAAUGGAGAGCGGCCCUUGAAAGGAGUGCAGGGGACAUCAUAGCGAUCGAGCAAUUCACUAAGCAGGACCUCUCUAGAGCUAAGGCUCUCGAAACGCAAAGGCAGAAAUUGAAACUGGAGCAUGACCAAUUGCAAGAACGUCUUAACCAACUGGUAUCCAACCUCAGUGCUGAAGAAAGGGCGUGCGAAAGAAUUUCCUUUCAGGUUAUGGAGGGAAUGGAACAACGGAAGCAAAUGAUGGCAAUGUGGGCUAACGCUGUAGAGAACUUGCGACAGAGGGAUACUGACAUUCGGCACAUUCGAGAGGACUACGCAGUAUUGGACGCGGAGGCCAAUAAUCUCGCGGAGAAAUGUCGCGAGCAGCAGAGCUUCUGCGAUCAACAGCGCGGCAAUAACCUCGACGCGGAACGAGAGAACAUGGCGCUCGCCAACCAGCUGAGCCAGACCCGGAUGGCGUUCGACAAAACUGCCGAGCAUAAUGUUACUUUGGAUAGCGAGGCUCGAAGUCUUCAGCGUGAAGUUAGCAACAUCCGUAUCGCUCUGGAGAAGCUUCACAUGGAGAACCGACAGCUCAUGGACAAUCAGCAUCGCAAGGAUGUGCUACUGCAAGCUGUUGUUGCUAAGAUUAAAGAAUUGAAGGAAAAACUAAAAGAUUCGACAGACAAAUCGAAAAGUUCCGAGAGACGGGCCAGGGAGUUAGAGGAUAUGUUGAAUGAAGAGGAGCGCUAUGCAAGCCAGGUAACGACAAAUCAGCAGCGGGCGAUGCAUUGCUCUUUCGUUGAACAACAAAAGCUUCUGGCUCUCAAAAAUGAAGAGAAACUAUUCCAUAUGCAAUUUAAGGCAUCGAAGGCCAUCAUGAGCAAACUCGACACCAAACAAGCCGCCAUAGAGAGGAACCUGCAAACGCAGAAGGAAUCACUGUAUGCGAUCUGUUACCAAGUGGAGACGCUAGGUGCGCGCGUGUUGCACAUGGAAGGUGAAAAGGCUGAACGUGAAUGUUCCGCGGAACUAGCUGCCCGGGAGAAUAGGCUGAAGGAUGUCCUGGCGCGUCACACGGCGCGAGUCGCUCUGUUGGAGCGGCACUCCGGCAAACUGUUCGACGACAUGCGACGCCUCGCCCGCGAGCUCGAAGUCAAAGGUGUCCAGCACACUAACUUGCAAAGUCGUCUAAAGACGUCAAUGCUGAACGUGGAGGGGGGUGAGAAGGACGUGCGCUCGUUGCGCGACGUGUGGCGCCGCGCGCGCGUCGACGAGGCGCUGAUGCGGCUGCGCGUGGCGCACGGCGAGCGCGCGCUCGCGGGGCUGGGCGACGCCGCCUUCACGCUCGACAAGCAACGCCUACAACUCGACGCGGCUAUGAACGAGCGACUGGUAGAGAUCGCGGCGAGACGUGAGAUGUUUGCGGUGCAAAGGAGAGCUUUGGUUGAGGAGUGCGGCAAACUCCGCGGUGACAUACGCGAGCGAGAGCAGCGGAUCCAGCAGCUGAUCAAAAGAUACGAAAUUUUCAUCGGUUCCCUGGGCAAGGAUGAGUCUGGUCAACAAAUGUCGGUGACAUAUUUUAAAAUAAAAUUCGCAGCGGAAAGGGCGGAGUUGCGCGAGGCGGGCGCGGCUCUGGACGCGGAUAUCGGCAGACAAGAGAAAGACAUAUCGGCGCUGGAGGCCACGCUGCGGGUGGUGCACGCCGCGCACAAACACUUCCUCCACCACAUCUCGCCGCUGACCAGCGAUGCACCGGAGAUGGAGGAAGUGUCAGAGCUGUUGCGGCAAUACUACGAGAAGCGCGACGAGCUGAAGGCCCUGAAUGCGGAGAUCGAGCGCAUCGAGCAGACCGUGAACGAGCGCAGUUCGCAGCUAACACUACUCGGGGACAAGUACAAGCAGCUUACGGCUAGAGAAGUGGAAUGCGAGAACGAGCUAGACACAUUGAAAGAACGUGUGGACAAGCAGGACAGCAGGCUUCAGAAGGCGCACGAGCUUGCUCGCACCAACGCGCGGCGAGCCACUAAGUUGAUUGAAGGAGUCGAUGACUGGCGGAUUUUUCAGUUAGCGCUGUGGAUACGCAACUACUCCGAGGCAGCGCACAACUGCCUACAGGCGCUGGGCGAGGUGGCGCAGCAAACGCCCAACGCCGCGCCGCGCGUCGCCGUGCUGCUAUCCGCCUCGCAGGUCGCGCGCUUCGUUACUCCCACGCAGCGACGCCUGAUGACGCUGCUACAACGACUAAUAACGGGCGGAUCGACGCUAAAGAAAGAAUCGACCACUGCAUUGGACGGUACAGAAAGCGUGUUUUCGGAAUCUGCGCAAUCGAGUGGCACCGACGUGAGCCUCGCUUCCGGCUACACGCGACGCCUCGCCGCUUUCCGAAAAGAACUCGCGCCUAAAGUGCAAGAACACGCGUUGAUCAACGACAUCCGCGAACAAGCCCGUCGCUCGAGUGUGUCCCUGCGCGUGGUGACGCUCGGCCUGGAAGAGUCGGUGCCCGCAACAGCGCCGGCCGCGAUCCCGCGCAAGUCACUGAGAUAAACCGAAAACGCCUGACCGCUCUAACAAGGCUAAUCAAACGCCUCGCUUCUUUAAAUUAGACUAAUUUCAAUGAACUGGAACAGCUUAGGCUUAACGCAGACGAUCGAUUUGUAACAGUCAAAAAUAAAAACGAAUAAAACUACCUUAAAUCUUAUGUUACCCACAUUGACUGUAGUUUUGGUAGGUACAUAAUUAAAAUAAUUGUCUUAUUUUUGAUAAAACAAUAUGCUUAUUGUACUUAGAUAUACAUAUACUGGUCUGUAUUCUGUAAAUUGUUGCUAUUGUAAAUUCUAGAUCAUCAUAAUUGUUUGACAUGAUUAGAUAACUUAUUUGCAUAUCAUAACAAAAAGAUUAGGUACCUAUAUGCAUUGGUAUUUUCUAUGCUAUGAAUAAUUUGCCAGGAAUUAUGUAUUAAGGUGUGGAAGCAUUUGUUUAAACGUCUUGAAAGACAUUGUGAAGACUGAAGUAUGUAAACUAAAUGCACAUGUGAUGUAAAGUUUAAAGGUGUACUUAAUAAAUUUAUGAAAUAUUUUAAAACUACGCUUUUUAUUCCUACAACCUUAUCUUAUCUAACUCCUUACAAUACAGAACUUCAUCUAUAGAUCACUAUAGUUAGUUCCACAUAAAAACAACAAACAGCAAGUACAAAUAGUUUUUAAUUUAAUGCAACAUUUCAAAAUUCUUAAUACCAUUGAAUUUUAUAGCUGAUAGGUACCAGUCUUAAAAAUAAGACAGUUGACAUGAAAUAAAAUCUUUUGGUGGGAUUAAAACAUUAUUGUCAUAUAGCUAAGAUGCAUUUUUUAUACAUUCAUAUAUUUAAAAUUGAUAUAUAAGGUACACAGGUACAUUUACUAGUAUGUGAUCCAAAUUCUACGUCGCCAUAAUGUGCUGAAUGGGAUAUGAUGUUAUAAUAAACAUUGGUAAAUAAUUUUCUAAAGAUUUGCAAAAUUGUUAACAUUCCCCAAAACACCCCUCUACAAAUAAGAAAUUCUGAAGGCACAAGGACUUUGAAAUGAUUGGGCAGGCAACAUCAUAACCCAAGAGGCUCAGUGAAGUAAAUCUAACACUGACAAUAUUCUUCCACUACUAAUAUUACAUUUACCUAUAUAAUAUAAAUUACACUGUAUCUAAUGAUAACACAUUGUCAUGAAUGAAAGGAAACAAGCAAUGGAAUUUGCAAAGAGGAACUUUGAAUGUAACUGUUAAUUGUAAUGUUAAUAAAUCAUACUACUUACAUUAAGAAGUCAUAUGGGUAGGCCAUAAUCUAUUCAAACCAAAAUUCAGGCCAUUUUAAAAUAUUGUAGUGCAACUUUUUAAUAUAAAUUAUUUCAAUUACAAGGAAUUCAAUGCUUUAAAUAUCAAUAGAAAAAGAAAAUCAUAGAUCUUAUAAGUAUAUAAAUAGUAAACAACAUAUUAAGUAAUAUAAAAUCAAUCUAAUCCACACAAAAAAAAAAAACAAAACAUUCAUUUCACAGUGAUGUCAAGUUAUAAUAAUGUAUUUUACAAUCUUUACUUGGCCUAAUAAAAACAAAGGUAUUUUUUCCUAAAUUCUAACACUGUUCAACAUAAACUUCAAAACAUUCUACCACAAAAUUUACAAACUUAUAACUAUUAAAAUUUUCCUAUUCAACAAGAAGGACAUAAUGGCUGGAAUAAGAACUACCCAGGCCGAAUAACAUUGGAAUCUCAAUAGUGAGAAGGCCAUGUGUAGACCUGUAGUGCUUAUCACUAAUGCUGCAUAGUGCCCUACCACACUUAACUUCACGCUGCCAAAUUGGUCUUUCACUAAUUUCAAACAGUGUUAGAAUAUCAAAGCGUCAUAAAUCGGGGAAACGUAAUGGGUCUUCCACAUAAUCUUCUGGUAUAACAAAAAGCUCUCCAGGUAUA